GACAGUUUCGAGCUUAGUGAAAUGCUGUUGCAGUGUCUGGCUGUGCUUAUAAUUGGCUCUGCGUCUGUCCACUCUGCCAAAGACUACGCUUCUGCUCUGGGCAAAUCCAUCCUUUUUUAUGACGCCCAAAGGUCUGGUCCACUUCCAGCCAACAAUCCCAUUCAUUGGAGAGGUGACUCGGCUGUCCAUGACUGUGUGGUGGGAGGUUGGUACGAUGCUGGUGACCACGUGAAGUUCGGACUUCCGAUGGCCGCAACUGCCAAUAUACUGCUGUGGUCAUUGUACAAAUGGAAAGACGCCUAUCAAAGAGCCAAUCAGUUAAACCAAAUGUAUGACAUGAUCAAAUGGCCUUUGGAUUAUUUCCUGAGAGCUUGGAACCCCUCAAAACUUGAGUUUACUUUCCAAGUGGGGAAUGAGUCUUUAGACCACCACUACUGGGGCCGACCAGAAGAUAUGAAUAUGUCAAGGCCAUGCAAAGUAGCGUCAGUAGCUCAUCCGGGUAGUGAGGUUGCCGCAGAAACAGCCGCAGCUCUCGCCAUUGGUUCCAUAGUGUUUAAAGACAAGGGAGAUCAAGCUUACAGCCAUCAACUCCUGACUGCAGCAGAGAGUCUGUACAAGUUUGCUAAUGAGCACAGAGGUCUCUAUCAAUCUUCGUCGUACGGUUCAACCAGCUACAAGGACGAACUGUGUGAAGCUGGUGUCUGGUUAUACAGGGCUACCAAAAACCAGCAGUACCUGACUAAUGCAAAACCUAUGGCUGAGUCAGGAUACAUAUGGGCAUUAACUCUGGAAAAUAAACAACUAUCCUGUAAUCAACUCUUGUAUGAAGAAACCAAGGACAACGCCUACAGGACGGUGGUGGUCAACUAUUUUCGCAGUUGGUUCCCUGGGGGAGGUAUCAAGUACACGCCCUGUGGGCUGGCCUGGGCCAUGAGGUGGGGAUCUCUCAGAUUGGCUGCCAACUCUGCAUUUUUAGCUCUCGUAGCUGCUGACUCCGGAAUUAGUGCUGACAGUUACCGGAAGUGGGCUGUGGAACAGAUCAACUAUAUCCUCGGGGACAACCCUCACGAUGGAGGCUGCUACAGCUACGAAAUCGGCUACGGUAGCAAGUUUCCCCGACAGCCCCAUCAUAGAGCUGCCUCUUGCCCUAACAGACCUGCUCCCUGUGGGUCCGCUGAUGCCCAAUCCCAUGGCCCCAACCCACAAGUUCUAACUGGCGCCCUGGUAGGCGGACCCGAUGACAGUGAUCAGUACGCAGACCUCAGGUCGGACUACGUUCUAAAUGAGGUGGCCUGCGAUUACAACUCAGGGUUUCAUGGUGCUUUGGCAGGUAUCGUGCAUCUCCAGGUUCAUAACCAGGUCCCGACGACACAAAACAAAUGUCCAUGUAACCAAUACAAGAUUGACUGUCGUGGCUCAUCAGCGGCCAGAACUCAACGCUCACGGCGUUGGUACGUCGAGCUGACGGUGCUGAAUUACGAGUUCGAAACCCGGCUUGAGCAAACACAAAUUAAGUCUAUAAGAAUGCUGUUCCAAGCCCUUGGUAUACUUGUACUUGGCUGUGUGACUGUCCACUCUGCCAAAGACUACGCCUCAGCGCUAGGAAAGUCCAUUCUGUUUUACGACGCUCAAAGGUCUGGUCCACUUCCAGCCAACAAUCCCAUUCAUUGGAGAGGAGACUCAGCCCUCCAUGACUGUGUGGUGGGAGGUUGGUACGACGCUGGUGACCACGUGAAGUUUGGACUUCCAAUGGCCGCAACUGCCAACAUACUGCUGUGGUCUUUGUACAAAUGGAAAGACGCUUAUCAAAGAGCCAAUCAGUUAAACCAAAUGUAUGACAUGAUCAAAUGGCCUUUGGAUUACUUCCUGAGAGCUUGGAACCCUUCCAAACAAGAGUUCACGUUCCAAGUAGGAGAUGAAACAUUAGACCACAACUUUUGGGGUCGACCAGAAGACAUGACAAUGUCAAGGCCAUGUAGAGUAGCCUCGGUGGCUCAUCCGGGUAGUGACGUAGCCGGAGAAACAGCCGCAGUUCUCGCCAUUGGUUCCAUAGUGUUCAAAGACAAGGGAGAUCAAGCUUACAGCAAUCAACUCUUGACUGCAGCAGAGAGUCUGUACAAGUUUGCAAACGAGCACAGAGGUCUGGCUCUAGCCAACACUUAUGCCUCGACCAGCUACAAGGACGAACUGUGUGAGGCAGGCGUGUGGUUGUAUCGGGCCACUCACAACCAAGUCUACCUCAACAACGCUAAAACUCAGGCCGAGUCAGGCUACAUCUGGGCCUUGAACCUGGAGAACAAACAACUAUCUUGCAAUCAGCUCUUAUAUGAGGAAACCAAAGACAACGCCUACAGGACGGUGGUGAUCAACUAUUUUAACAGUUGGUUCCCUGGUGGAGGUAUCAAGUAUACUCCAUGUGGGUUGGCCUGGGCCAUGAAAUGGGGAUCUCUCAGGUUGGCUGCCAACUCAGCAUUUUUAGCUCUCGUAGCUGCUGACUCCGGAAUUAGUGCUGACAGUUACCGCAAGUGGGCCGUCGAACAGAUUAAUUACAUCCUCGGGGACAACCCUCACGAUGGAGGCUGCUACAGCUACGAAAUCGGCUACGGAACCAAGUUUCCUCGACAACCCCAUCACCGGGCUGCCUCUUGCCCUAGCAAACCAGCCCCCUGCGGUUACAACGAGGCCAACUCACCAGGUCCUAAUCCCCACGAGCUGACGGGGGCUCUGGUGGGUGGACCGGAAGAGAAUGAUCAGUACGUGGACGUCAGGUCGGACUACGUCCUGAAUGAGGUGGCAUGUGAUUACAAUUCUGGUUUCCAUGGUGCCCUAGCGGGAAUCGUCCAUUUACAAGGACGUAACCAGCUUCCGGUGACGGCAAACAAAUGCCCAUGUAAUCAGUAAGAAUGAAAUGUGAAAAGUGAUGUGAUGACUUAUAUGUUAUACAUACAAUAAACAAUAUCAUUUUUGUACAAUGA